GUAUUUCCUUUUCCGUAUUGCCAGUAGAACGUGACCCCCGGCUUUGACAGGUCCCUGCUUCUAUUUGAGGACUAAAUUCAGAAGUCUCAUUUCAGUAAGUUGCCAGGGUGUCCCCCCUCUUUAUGUGUCAUCCCUAAUGGGCGGCUGGUCUCGCAGUGCUGUGCUGGGGCUGUACAAGGCGCUGCUCCGUGCAGGGCGUAACCUUCAGUACACUGACCGUAAUUACUAUCGCCGGGCUGUGGCUCGUGAGUUUCGCCGCUGCCAAGCCCUGACGAUACCUGAAGACAAAGAAGAAGCACUGAAGAGGGGCCAGUUUUUUCUGAGCAGCAGGCUGGGUGGGCUUAUGUAGGGGGAGGGAAGGGUCGCAGGUCAUCCUCAGGUGGGCUAAAGACUGUCUGGAGGACCACCUCCUAGCGACAGGAUGGCCGGGGUAAAUGGGGACCGUAAAGGGAAGAAGGACGACACAGGAAUUGGCACUGCCAUUGAUUUUAUGCUUUCUAAUGCGAAGCUAGUGUUGGGCGUGGGAGGAGCAGCAAUGCUUGGAAUUGCUACACUAGCUGUCAAAAGAAUGUAUGAUCGUGCUAUGAGUGCGCCCACUAGCCCCACCAAGAUGGAACAGUCAGGACAGAAAAGCUGGGAAGAGCCUGCCUGGAUGGGUUCAUCACCACGGGUGCUGAGCCAUGACAUGAAAUCCAAUGUCAGCAGGUCACUGCAGUCUCUGCCCACGUCGUCACAUGCUUUUGAACCAGACUACCUGAGGAGGACUGUGGGUCGAUCUGCUCUGGGAGCCAAAGGGUCAACUCAGUCCGAACUGCUCCGUGCCCGGAUGCGUUUGACCUUGCAGGAACACGCCGUGGCCAGGAGGGCGGCGCUGGACAUCUGUGCUGAGCUUAGAGUCUUCCUUCAUGCCAAAUUACCUGACAUGCCCCUCAGAGAAAUGUACCUGAGUGGCAGUCUAUACGAUGAGCUGCAGGUGGUUACUGCAGACCACGCCCAGCUCAUGGUGCCUCUGAUUCUGGAGAAGAACCUGUGGUCGUCCAUCCCAGGAGAGGACACCAUCAUGAAUGUCCCAGGUUUCUGGCUUGUUCGUCGGGAAAACUUAGAAUAUUUCCCACGGAAUAGCAGUUACUGGGACCGCUGCAUGGUCGGAGGUUACCUCUCUCCAAAAUCAGUCCUUGAGGUUUUUGACAAAUUUGUGGCCGGCUCCAUCAACUGGCCAGCUAUAGGUAGUGUUCUAGACUACGUUAUACAUCCUGUGGUUCCCUCUGAGACUCUGACGCUGGAGGUUCAGUACGAGACGGACAGGAAGCUGUUUGUGGACUUCCUGCCUUUACUUGUGAUGGAAGACGGUACCUCGUUGAUUGCUAAACCCCACCGACUGGCUGCAGAGCGCCACGAAAACCUGUGGCGCCAGAGCUUCCGUGUUGCUGAGACGGCCCGGCUCAGGGCGCUGGAUCAGGAGGACGGAGGCUGCAGAUGCACCUGUCUGAAGGUGACAAAGGCGGUGUGUAAACUCAACCCCGCCCUGAAGCAGCUAAACGCAAGCCAGCUCACCAACGCUAUUUUGUUGUUGAGUGAAAGUGAACGUGACUGGACUCACGAGGCGCUGGCCGAUCGUUUUCUCCAGCUGUUGCGAACACUAGUGGGACACCUAGAGGCCGGGAGGUUACCGUGUGCCCUGAGUCCAAAAGUGAAUUUAUUCUGUGAGCUCACUGAACAGGAGGUGGAUGAGUUGGGCUACACACUCUACUGUGCACUCUCAGAUCCCGGGGAGCUGCUGAGAACUGCAACCACGACAACCACGGUACUACACAGCACGUCUGCCAGUCACGACUAAUUGAAACUGUAAUCCUGUUUUUUUAUGAGUAACAGUGGCCUCAAGUCAACCUGCGAUUCCCUUAUCGUCUGCAUGAAAUGCGUCCUCAAAUAAAAAGACUAAUUUAUAAAUCCCUUUGGGAAUUUGAUCCACAGAUACAAUCACGUAAUGUUUGUGAGUUAAAACACAGUGGUGUGACCAUCCAAAAAUGUGUGUGUGUGUUGUCAAAGCAAAGACUAAUUAGAGUUCACUGCUUUCACCAAAGUCAUUGUAGAACUAAGGCAGCCUGACACACUGGUCAGGACGGAACCGAAGCCUGGAUGGAGUCAUAUCAUAUACAAAUGUUUAUUUAACUGGAAAUUUUAGGAACAAGAGGUUGUCUGAUGCUCGAGUCGUCUGUGCCACUGUGUCCAGAGAUUGAAUGUAAUGUUUGUGUCAAUGCCAAUAUUAAAGUUAAUAACCUGUUGCUCAGCCUGAAGGACUCAGAAUUAUUCAGGUGAAGAUUAUUCUCUUGUUAAAAGUACAAGGUUGGUAAUUGUAAUUCAUGGGUUAAUUAUUCACGGACGGCUGUUGUGUGAUAUAAAGAUCCAGAAAAGUAAAUAUUAGGAUAUGGUACUUUUUUUAUUAUUUGUUUUAGUGAGAAGCCACAUUAUUUCAACAGAGUUGGACCUAGACAAAAGCAUGGUCAUGUGACCCUCUGUCCAGUUCAGAGCAGCUCAUUGCUUCACAUCACUCUCUUGUGUUUGAACAUGUGAUAUGCUUUGACUUUUUGGUUCCUUGUUUGUACAUCUGAGCACAUCAUUGAUUGGCUAUGAAACAAACCAGUCCAUCAGCCACGGUUUGGACCACUCCUUGAUGUGGGUCACGUCCUAUUAUUUCAGUGUCUGUAGCUGCUACACAAUCCAUCCUUUAUCAGCUGCAUGAGGUGUGUUAACAAAAACCAGAUGGUUAUCAGCGUCCACUUUGACCCGUUUAAGUCGGAUCGGCUGUUGUGUAACAAACCCUUUAUGUCCAAUUAGUCUGAUCCUCAGCUGAGCUUCACUCAAAUGAAAGUACACCGUGACCUCUCAACAUCAGGUCACUGUUACUGUGCUGCAGCGUACAGAGUUGUAGCUGUUAAAGUAGCCUAUUCAAUGUGUUUAACUGUUGUUCACCGAGAUCUUUAGCCUGUUUUCUGUUCACGUUGUAGCCUUAAAAAUGAGAAUAAUACAGAGUUUAACCCUCGAGUCGUAUGGAAAUGUACAUAGUAAAUGAAUUAGGGUUGUCUUUGUGUCAUAUUAAAUAAAAAUACACAACACAU